CGUUCAAAACCCCAGAACUCGGUUUAGGGUUUUUCGAAUUGGGCCUAGGGUUUCAACUCUCAAGCUCUCUCCUUCUCCUCCAUCGAAGCCAUGGCGAAGCCCGGCCGAGCUCGGCGGGGGAACCGCUCGGAUUCUGGAUCCCGGUCUAGUUCGCUGUCGCGUUCUUCGUCGGACUCGGGUUCCCGCUCCCGCUCUCUUUCGCGGUCUCGGUCUCGAUCCAGAUCCAGGUCUUUCUCUUCUUCAUCUUCGCAAUCCCGCAGCGUGAGCUCCGGGAGCCGUUCUCCGCGUCCAAAGAGGAGAUCCUCUCCCCCGUCUGCUAGGAAGUCCUCUCCGCCUCCCAGGGAUUCGUCGCCGCCUCCAGGAAGGUCAUCUCCAGCUCCCCGUAAGUCCUCACCGAAUUCCAGGAAGUCGCCGCUGCCGCCGCCGCCGCCGCCGCCGCCUCUUGGGAAAAGUCCAUCUUCAGCGGGAAGGAGAAUGCGAUCUCCAUCACCACCAUCCAAAAGACUUUCAUCGCCAAGGAAAAUGUCUCCCGUGGUUGAGUCACUAGUUCUUCACAUUGAUCAUCUGUCAAGGAACAUUAAUGAAGGCCAUCUGAAGGAAAUUUUUAGCAAUUUUGGUGAAGUUGUUAAUGUGGAGCUCGUAAUGGACAGGACUGUUAAUCUCCCUCGUGGUUAUGGAUAUGUUGAGUUUCGGAAACAUUCUGAUGCUGACAAGGCUCGUCUUCACAUGGAUGGUGGGCAAAUUGAUGGGAAUGUUGUUCGAGUUAACUUCACGAAACCACAACGCCUGAAAGUUUCUCCUCCACCAAAGGCUGUACCUGUUCCAAAACGUGAAGGCCCUCCCAGUGAUAGGACCGGUGCCAGUAAUGAAAAGGAUGCUCGACAGAGGCAAAGGGAGCCUUCUCCGCGGCGUAAACUAUCACCUUCACGAAAGAGAUCACCAAUCCAUCGAAGGCCUGAUUCUCCUAGGCGUCGACCUGAUUCACCUGUUCGUCGUCGUGAUUCUCCCAUUCGUCGCCGUCCAGCAGAUUCUCCUCAACGUCGUGAUGAUACACCACCACGGAGGAGGAUGACACCUCCUGCCAGAAGACGUUCUCCAUCUCCAAUUUCAAGGAGGGCAAGAUCGCCUGCUCGAGUUUCUCCACGCAGAGGACGUGGAAGUCCUGUGCGUAAGCGCUCACCCUUUCCACUGAGGAGGCGAUCACCUCCAAGACGUGCAAGGAGCCCACCAAGAAGGUCGCCUCCAUCUAGGCGUCGUAGCCGUUCACCAGUCCGGAGGCCUUUUCGAUCGCGUUCUAGAUCACUUUCUCCUCGCAGGGGCCGAGGCCCACCAGCUCAAAGGCGUGUCAGAUCAAGCUCAUCUUUGUCAGGAUCCCCCAGUCCUCGCAGGGGACGCAAAGCUCCAGAAAGUCGCAGCCCUAAAAGACGAGCCAGGGGCAGAAGCACCAGCAACAGUCGCAGCAGCAGCUCCUUAUCCCCUAUACCUAAUUAGCCGUUAUGCCAUGUUCCUGAGCAGGUAUUCCGCCCUAUUUUCCCUCACCCUCUUAAUAUCUGUUGAACCAAACCAUAUGCAGGUCCAAGUUUUACCCCUUGUCGACACCAUUGUUAGAACAGAAACUAUGAAGGUUUGAGGCGAAUUGCUGCGAUUUUUUUUAGAGACCUAUGCCUGCACUUUCUGCUUUAAUGUUGCCGUCGCAGACUCAUUUUGCGAGGAACUGUUAAUUCUACUUGUGGAAGACAAUCAUGCUAACAUUGGUUUGGAUGAUUGCAAAGUGGUUUUACCAUCAGUUGUUGAUUUGCUAUAUACUUCAUUCUGUUUGAUCAUGUUGAAUGUGUUUUACAUGCAACCACUUUGAUUGACAUGGAAUUAUUUGUGUUUUCUCACUUAAUUAGUCCUGGAAGUCUGGCAGCUUA